AUGUCUAACAUUAUUGUCAAUAAAUAUAAACAUAAACUCAAAUAUAUUGCAAAUAUUAAUUCAAUGCACAGCAUAUUUGCAGUUAGUGUAAGAAAAUAUAGUAAGAUAAAGCUUGUAAUUGUUAGUAGACAAGUUUUAAGCUAUUAG